GUUGUAAUAUUGCGGCCAGCUGAAGUUGCGAUUAUUGUAAUGACUUUUGCGGCAUAUGCUAUUCAGCCGUUUACAUCAAACUUGGACGCGGAUUAUAAAGAUUUAACCAUAAAACUAACUUCAAUAUCUGCGUUAUAGUUUAGUGCAGUGAUUUAAGAAAGAUUGAUUCCUAGACAGCAUGGGUGAGGAAAUAAAUACUGAAACUAAUAACAUGUUAUUAGAAGAGAUCAAGAGAAUACAAGAAAAAUGUUUCGAUGUAUGCAACGUUUUUCAAAAUUCACGGAUAGAUAUAAGAAAUAGUGGCAGCGUUGUGGAUAAAGCUUUGUCGUACGCACACGGACUAAGCAUAGAAAUCCAAAAUUCAAAUACAUCAAUAUACGCCGAUCAAAACCUAAUAGCAAGUCAAUUCUUGUCAGAAAUUAAAACCAAAAGCGAUCAAGUUGACGAAUUAAUUGCAUUUACCACAGGAGCCAUUAAUGAUAUAGAUCGAGAAAUUGCAAGAGUUUCAAAUCUUACAAGAACAGCCAAGGCGGCAUUGACUCAGCCUAGGAUUGUCCACAGAGAUGUACAUCCUGAACAUAUGGAGAAGGCAAAGGAAACAUUCCAUAUACUCAAGACUGAAUUGCAAGGGCUCAUAAAGGCCUUAUAUCCUUCAUAUGCUGAUGAUGUUAUGGAGUUCAUUAGGGAAUUAAUGAUGGAGCAACUCAAUGAAGAAUCAAGUGGAUAUCUUACAGUUACUAAGAGUAACUUCAGAAUUGUUACAUUGCUAUCUGAUAUGAACAUCCUGACAACUAAUCCAUACAAUAAGUCUGAAGUAAAACUUGCCUAUUAUUAGAGAGGUACUUGACUUUCCUUGUUGUGUAUUACCAGGUAGAUAUUUAGCACAGAAUGAAUUUGUAAACUUCCACAGUUAUAAGUUAGGCACUAGUUCUCUUAUUAAUAAAAACUCUUAAAUGUCAAAAUGUUGAAAUCCAUUGCAGCUUGAAAUUGUUUUCUUUUAUUCUCUAUAAUUUAGGAAACAAAUAGUGCUCUGAAAAAUUUGUGAGAGAAGGAAAUAAUAUGUUUAUUACUCAAAUUUAUUUUAUUGUAUAAUAAAAUUAUAUAUUCUAAAUUUAUUUUUAUUGCUAGGCCAGUGGUUAUCAAAAUAGAUUCCUCAUUGGGAAUGUCCCAAUAUAAAUAUGUGAUCUAUUGAUCACAAGGUAAACUAUAAAAAUAUUAUUUUUAUUUAGUCUUUUACUUUAUUAUCUUUGACAAAUUUUAUGUUAGAUAAUUUGUAUGUGUGUAAUACCAUUCUGUUUUGAAAAGAGCAACUUUAGAGUUUCUUGCAUGUUCUUCUCUAUGAAAAUCUGCCUUCCAAACAAAAUGUAUGCAAAAAUGACAUGUUUCAAGGGUAAUUUACUUACGAAAUAAAAUAUUUUUGAUUUGAUUUAUUAAAUCUUACAAUAUUUUGAUUUACAAUGACACCUGGUAGGUGGAUAGAAAGUAUCUAAUUUGAACUAAAAAUUGAUUGACAAUAAGGAAUUCAAAACUGCUCUUGAGAUUACUCCACCAGCAUUCUUAAGACCUAAGGGGGUUCCAUUUCAGCUGGAAGACAUCCACUGCUGGACAAAGGCCUCCCCCAAAUAUCACCAUGGUGAUCAGUCCUGUGCUGGCCUAAUCCAACCUACCCACCAAGGGGGUUACUGCUAAGAUAACACAUGGUCUAUAAAUCUUAAUAAUUAUAUAUUAGCAAAUUAUCUUGAAAACCUUUGACAUUGGAGGGGGUAGUCUCCAGAAUUACCAUAUAUUCAUAAAAAUAAAAUUUUUCUAUGUUAAUUAUUCUAUAAUAUUGUAAUCCAAGGCAAACCUACAAACCACACUUAAAUAUAAUAUAGUUAAAUGAAUGAUAGUCAGUUAUAGUUACAACAUGUGAGGUUUUAGUACACUCUCAUUUUUCUUUUUUUUUUCACUCAUAUUUCAGUACUAAAUAACUGUAAUAUUAUACUAUUUACGGUGUAUGGUAUAAGAAAAAUAUUUAAAUACAAAUUUCAGUUUAAAUAUAUCCCAAGACAUCAAUAGAGUCCAAAGAGUUACCCAUGACAUCUACAAAAUACCGAUUCAAAUGGUCAUAGUGACAUCUGAUUGAAGAUACCUUUUAGUAGUUUCUUUGAGAUUUCUCCUUAAAGUUAUUUAUAUAUUAGGUUUUAUUAAUUGUUAUAACCUAAAGCUUGCAUUUUUUUAUGAAUUUAUGAAGAAGCUGUGGCAUAUUUUAUUUACACAUUAGUAUCUAAAAGUUUGUCUUCAUCAUUCCUUAAUUAGUAAAAAUGGAGGUUGGAACUGGGUUGUAUGGUUAAUACAUUUUUUUUACUUUUUAAAUAGGAACAUAUUUAGUAGUUCUCUUAAUUCAAGAUAUUUUUGAUAUGAACACCUUUGUGGGUUUGAUGAUGCUGAAAACACAAUACAAAGUGGUAGAAAUUACAUAUAAAUAUAAUUUGUAUAGUAUUUGUAAAUAAAUCAUCCACAUUACUAUUCAUUAUAAUAUUGUGAGGACAAAAAUUGAAUUUUUUAAAUGACCAAAAUUGGGUGUGUUGUGGCUGCCAUAAAAAUGCCAAUAAUAGUUGUUAUUAAAAUAAAUGUAUGCUAAGUGAUGAUGUUUUUUUAUAAUCAAUAAAUUUUGUAAUGAAUAUAA